AUGUUUACUGACAGGGAUAAAGAAACGGGUACGAGGGAAAGCUCCCGCAGCGCAGACGCUGGCAUCGGACCGGUUACAACAGCUGCACUCGGGCGCGGCGCCAAUGACCCAGCAAUACGACAGCAGCUAGCCAGCGGCCCCGUCGGCCCACAUUUCCUCCAAAUCUCCCCCGAAUCGGCCCAUGAAUCCUCAUCCAGCCUGCCAGCUCCGCCGGAUUCAAGCCGCCACGGCUUGGAUUCUGCCGAACCGACGACCGACGGGACAGUCGAGGCCGAGAACAGCGUUGGCGGCGGCGGUGCCAGCACCACCGAAAGGGGCGAUAUCACAACAGCCGGCUCCCCUGCCGGCGGAGGUGAGCGCCUAAUCGUCCGGUUCGAUCACUACGCACUGGCCGACGACCACCGCGCGCUCCUGCAACGCAUCCUCGGCCCCGAGGGACCGGAAUCCUGGUCCUGGCUUCCCCGGAGCAACCCCGCCUCGCGCUUCCCCACCGACUUCGGCUUGCUGGCCGCGGCUUCCGGCCACGAGGACGACCUACGGCGGCGCCUCCUCUCAGCGGCGGCGGCGGCGGCGGCAGGUGGCGCGGGCACUGGCACUGGCAGCGGCGGUGUGCGUGACGUACAUCCCGACAGGCGCUUCACGGGGCGGCUAGCAUGGGUGCCGGAGGGGCCGCUGCGGGAUGUGGUGAUGGACCUCAGCGGAGGCGCCGCUGCAGCCGCCGCCGGCGGCGACGUCAACGGCCCCGACGCGUCCGUGUUUUCCGUGUCUUUUCGCCGUCCUGGCCGCAUGGCGACUCGCUUCUCCACAGAGGAGCUGGCUGGGGAGGAUGACCCGGAGGGGCUUAUGGAGGAGGGCACACAGGGGGCGUGGCGUGCACCGCCGGCUGCCGGCGCGGCGGCAACAGAGCUGAGGGGCUCCAGCGUGGCGACGGACAUUGGCGCCAGUUUCGGCUUCGGGUUGGGGGGUGGUGGGGAAGCCACUGGCGGGUUUGCUUGGACCGACCAGGCCUACCCCGGCAAGGAAGGUGGGGCAGCGGCAGCGACGGCAGCGGCGGCGGCAGCUGUGAGGCAGCAGGAGGAUGGGGAGGAGGAGGAGGAGAUGGAGGUGGGCCCCGGGCUGACUGGCUCACGUCGACGAGUAGCUUCGGUGGCGCCGGGCCCCGGGUCGGGUACUCUCGGCGGUGGCCGCGGCGGCAACCGCAGCCGGAGCCACGGUCACGGCCACCGCGGUGGAGGGCGACCUAGUGAGGCAGCAGCAGCGGGGGCUGGCAAGGACAACCGCAAACAACAGCAGCAACCAGCGCAGGGGCAGCAGAAGCCGUUGCACGGGCAGCACCCGCGCUCGGGAACGGGAGCCCGGAAGAAGCGGCCGCGGGACCAUCUCGAAACGGUGCCGCGUGGGGAGGGUACUGCCGCGGCAGGGGCUGGGGCAGGGGCGGCGGCAGGACCGCAUACUGGCCGCAUGGGGGGUAACCUGGGCGUGGGCAACGGCGGCGGCUCCAGCGGCGGCGGCGGCAAAGGGGAUCGCGCUGUUGAAGCUGUUGAUGCUGUUGUCAUCGCCGUCACCGCCGUCAUCGUCAUGUGCUGGUGGGUAUCUUCGACACGGGUAUUCGCCGGGGCCACCCCCACAUGCCGCAACAUCCGGGAGCGGACCAACUGGACCCACCAGGACUCGCUCAGUGACGGACUGGGGCACGGGUCCUUUGUGGCGGGUGUGGUGGGAGGUCAGGACAGCCAGUGCCCGGGGUUUGCCCCCGAUGUUGACCUCUACACAUUUAAGGUGUUUACUGACGACCAGGUGUCGUACACCAGCUGGUUCCUUGAUGCCUUCAACUAUGCGAUUGUCGUACAGGUAAGGCAGUACAGCUGCAAGAUCAACGUCAUCAAUCUGUCCAUCGGCGGACCUGACUAUCUGGAUCAGCCAUUUGUGGAUAAGGUCCUGGAGGUGACCAGCAACGGUAUUCUGUUGGUCAGCGCCAUCGGCAAUGACGGGCCGUUGUACGGCACCCUGAACAACCCCGCCGACCAGAAUGACGUCAUCGGGGUGGGCGGCAUUGACAACUGGGACAACAUCGCCAGUUUCAGCAGCAGGGGUAUGAGCACGUGGGAGCUGCCUCGGGGUUACGGCCGAGUGAAGCCCGACGUGAUGGCGUACUCCAAGGACGUGCAGGGAUCCAAGAUCGAGGGAGGGUGUCGCUCGCUGUCGGGUACGUCCGUGGCCUCCCCCGUGGUGGCGGGUGCGGUGUGUCUGCUGGCGUCCACCGUGCCUGAGGAGCGGCGCUGGGAGCUGCUCAACCCGGCGUCCAUGAAGCAGGCCCUGGUGGAGGGCGCGGUCAGACUCAACAACCUCAACAUAUACGAGCAGGGCAGUGGCCGCAUCAACCUGCCCAACAGCAUGGCCAUAUUGCAGUCGUACACGCCUCGCGCGUCAGUCAUCCCUUCCAAGCUGGACCUGACGGACUGUCCAUACCUGUGGCCCUUCUGCCGCCAGUACCUGUAUGCGGGCGCCAUGCCCGUCAUGUUCAACGCCACACUGCUCAACGGCCAGGGUGUGGUGGGCUGGCUGGAGGGGCCCCCCGUGUGGCGCCCCACCGACCCGGCGGGUCAGCUGCUGCACCUCACGUUCGAGUGGAGCGACCUGCUGUGGCCCUGGUCGGGGUUCCUGGCGCUGUACAUCCGGGUGCUGCCCGGGGGGGCGGCCUACCAGGGGGUGGCGAACGGAGUGGUGGAGGCGGUGGUGGUGUCACCGCCGGGACCAGGAGAAGAGGCGCCGCGCAGGUCCAAGGUCAGUCUUCCCCUCCGCGCCCGCAUCGGCCCCGUGCCCCCCCGCUCCCGCCGCGUGCUGUGGGACCAGUUCCACAGCCUCAAGUACCCCCCCGCCUACCUGCCCCGGGACAACCUGGACGUCAAGUCCGACAUCCUGGACUGGCACGGGGACCACCUGCACACCAACUUCCACGGGCUGUACAACACGCUCCGAGACCGGGGUUACUUCCUGGAGGUGCUGGGCUCACCCGCCACCUGCUUCGACCCCACACAGUACGGCGCACUGCUCGUAGUGGACUCAGAGGAGGAGUGGUACCCCGAGGAGGUGACUGCGCUGCAUGAGGCGGUGUCCGAGUACGGACUGAACUUGCUGGUGUUUGCGGACUGGUACAACCUGGCCUCCUUGGAUCAGAUGCGCUUCUUCGACGACAACACUCGCCGCUGGUGGAACCCCGCCACGGGGGGAGCCAACGUACCCGCACUCAAUGACCUGCUGGAACCGUACGGCAUAGCGCUGGGGGAUGCUGUCGUACAUGGGAUGGCCAAUCUUGCAGGUAUGCGGCUGGUCAUCAGUUUCGGGUCCGACAUCGCCAAGGUGCCCCAAGGGGGUUGGCUGCACAAGGCCUCCCUGAACCACGCUGUUCGCCGCGGCGGCUCCGGUAGCGGCCAUCACGGCUACCUGGCUGGAGUGACCCACGGGUCGUCUGGUGGCCACGUGGUGGUGUUCUCCGACUCCAACUGCCUUGACCGCUCCCACAUGAGCCACAACUGCUACGACCUGGUGCUGCGGCUGCUGGCCCGGCUGCAGGGGGACCUGCAGGAGGGGCAGGGGCUGCUGGACGACUCGGUAAAGCUCAGUACGCCGUACGUGACGCCGCUGUACAACUUCACGCCACCCAGCCGGCGCCCGCCCGCCGAGUACAACUUCACCGAGGUGUCGUACGUGCUGAGCCACCCGAAACCCACGUGCUUCCCCAACGCGGCCUGCGUGAAGAUGCCGUACGACCCGGGCUGCAAGUCCGCGACUGUCCACUGGCACCUGAGCGCCAUGUGCACAAUAGUCCCCACCGAGGACCUUUUGGAGAGUGGCAACGAGACCCUCAGCCGCCAGGCCGCCGAACCCGCUGCCGCAGCGGCGGCGGCGGUAGAUGGCGGCGACUCAACGCCGCUUGACUUGGUGCUGAAGGUCGCUGGCGGUGGCAAUGGCGCGGAUGGCAGCGGAGGCCGCCGCGGCAGCGGAGGCGGCAGCGGAACGGUGUUGCUCGUCCACCCUGACGGUACGGCACCGCAAGGGUCGGCGCUGUUGCUGGGUCUGACCGGGUUGCAGGUGUUGAUGUUGUUGGGCUGUUUGGCGCUGAUGGUGUUGCUCCUGGCGGUGUGGGUGCUGCGAUUGGGAGGGUCAGGGAGAUCGGGGCAGGGGCCCGGUACUGCACCCGCUGGCGUUAACGGCAGCGGCGGCGCCGGCUCCGGUAGCAUGGUUGGCCUGACCGCGGCUCGCCGCGACCGGCUGAGCAAUGUCCGGCUGCGUGGUACCGACGUGUAG